AUGGUGCUCGUGAGCGAACUCGGGGACGAGACGUUCAUCAUCGCCGCCAUCAUGGCGAUGCGAAACUCGCGAGGCGUCGUCCUCGCGGGCGGGCUGUGCGCGCUCACCAUCAUGACCGUGCUGUCCGUCAUGCUCGGGUUGGUGGUGCCGCAGUUGAUUAGUAAAGAGACGGUGAGUAAGGCGGCGUUCGUUUUGUACACGUUCUUUGGAUGUCGGUUGAUGUACUUGGCGUACAAAUCGGACGGCGCGGCGUCGAUGACGGGGGAAAUCGAAGAGGUUGAAGAAAAGUUGGAAAAGGGAACGUCCGUGAGCACGCGCACGCGCGUGGCGCGUGUUUUGGCCAAGAUUUCGUCCCCAGUGUUCAUCGAAGCCUUUGUGCUGAUCUUUUUGGCCGAGUGGGGUGACAGAAGUCAGAUCACGACCAUCGCGUUGGCGACGCAUAAAAACCCGUACGGCGUCGCCAUCGGCGGUAUCCUGGGCCACACGUUCUGCACCUCCUUGGCGGUUGCUGGAGGCAGAAUCGUCGCCAUGAAGAUUUCCCCUCGAACGGUGUCGUUCGUCGGUGGUAUUCUCUUCUUCGGUUUCGCGUUGCACGCGCUUUAUUUCGGCGCGCCCGGAACUGAGCACAUGUGA